AUGGCAUCCACCACGCCCCCUGUCAUAAUAGAUAACGGCACGGGAUAUACAAAGAUGGGAUAUGCCAGCAACAACGACCCACAAUUUAUCAUCCCAACCGUCAUCGCAACCCGUGAAUCAUCUGCAAACCAAACUCAAGGUGGCCAGGGCAAUCUAGCCUCAAAACGAGGAAUCGAAGACUUGGAUUUCUUUAUUGGUGACGAGGCGGUCGCUAAUGAAAAGACGUAUUCCUUGAAAUAUCCAAUGAAACAUGGCCAGGUCGAAAACUGGGACUUGAUGGAAAAGUUUCAUCAAGCCACCAUCUUUCAGUAUUUGCGUUGUGAACCGGAGGAUCAUUACUUUUUAUUGACCGAACCACCAUUGAAUGCUCCUGAAAACAGAGAAUACACAGCCGAGAUCUUUUUCGAAUCAUUUGGUGUCAAGGGUCUCUACAUCGCCGUCCAAGCUGUGCUGGCCCUGGCUGCAUCAUGGACUAGUGGAAAGACCGAACAAACAUUGACAGGAACUGUUAUCGAUUCAGGAGACGGUGUAACCCACGUCAUUCCAGUGGCUGAAGGAUAUGUCAUUGGCUCAUCUAUCAAACAUAUCCCCAUCGCUGGUCGAGACAUAACAUAUUUCGUUCAACAACUCUUACGUGAACGAGAAAACAGCAUCCCUCCAGAAGAAUCUUUGGAAGUAGCGAAAAGGAUCAAAGAAAUCUACUCAUAUGUUUGCCCGGAUAUCGUAAAGGAAUUCAAAAAGUAUGAUCAAGAACCAGCUACCUGGUUUAGAAAACAUGAAUUCAUUCACAGUGUCACAAAGAAGCCUUAUACCGUGGAUGUCGGAUUUGAACGAUUUUUGGGCCCUGAAAUCUUCUUCAACCCAGAAAUCGCCAGCUCCGACUUUUUGACUCCUUUACCUGACGUCGUUGACCAAGUCAUUCAAAGUUGUCCUAUCGAUACACGUAGAGGUCUUUACAAGAACAUUGUUCUGUCUGGAGGCUCCACCAUGUACAAGGACUUUGGCAAACGACUACAGAGAGACGUCAAGAGAAUGGUGGACGUCCGUCUCAAGGCAUCAGAACAAUUGAAUCAAGUCACAUUACGAGACGAUGCAAAGAUCAAGUCGCAGAAUGUCGAUGUCAAUGUGAUUUCUCACAAGAAGCAACGGUAUGCUGUAUGGUUUGGGGGUUCUCUCUUGGCAGAUACGCCCGAGUUCUAUAGCUACUGUCAUACUAAGGCUCAAUACGAAGAAUACGGUCCAAGUAUCGCUAGGUACAAUAAAGUGUUUGGAGCUAUAUUGUAG